GUACUCCAUAUAAGUUAGCAGUCUUUCUUCCUGAGCUUUGUCAAACGGGGAAUCUACAGAGAAGUUGAUCCAUUUUCACAAUACGCCAGCUACUCCCCAUCUCCCUCGCUAAUCACAUUUUUGUCACUUUAAACCCCUAUUUUUUAUUCCUAUAAAUCUAAUUCGCUUAUUCUCUCUUGUUAUUUCCAUUUCAUCCAGCUACCCCCAAUCUCUCCUCUCUCCCAGCAUUCAACAUGUCAAUCUCUCUGCAUCUCUCCCGCUUCUCCCCCGCCGACGUCUUCUCGCCGGAAUUGAAGCGCCUUCCUUGCCGAAAACUUGUCUCCUCCGUCAGGUGCGGCGCUACUUCUGAGUUCGAUACUAAGGAGUUCAGGAAGAAUUUGACUCGAAAGGCGAAUUACAAUCGCAAAGGCUUUGGACGCAAAGAUGAGACGCUCGAAGAUAUCAAAAAAGAGUAUAACAGUAACAUCUUACAAACUCUAAAGGAAAAUGGGUAUGAAUACACAUGGGGAAAUGUUACUGUAAAACUUGCAGAAUCAUAUGGAUUUUGCUGGGGUGUUGAGCGGGCAAUCCAGAUCACUUACGAAGCAAAGAAACAGUUCCCAGAAGAGAAGAUAUGGAUCACAAAUGAAAUUAUUCAUAAUCCUACAGUUAGCAAGCAAUUUAAGAAUAUGAAUAUCGAGGAUAUCCCAAUUGAGGGUGGAAAGAAACAAUUUGAGGCUAUUGAUAAGGGUGAUGUUGUGCUACUACCUGCUUUUGGAGCUUCAGUUGAAGAGAUGCGGGUCUUGGAUAACAAAAAUGUACAAAUAGUUGACACAACUUGCCCAUGGGUAUCCAAGGUUUGGAAUUCUGUUGAAAAGCACAAAAAGGGGGAAUACACUUCCAUCAUCCAUGGUAAAUAUUCUCACGAGGAGACUGUAGCAACUGCAUCUUUUGCAGGAAAAUAUAUUAUUAUUAAGAGUAUGGCAGAGGCGACAUACGUGUUUGAUUACAUUCUUGGGGGUGAGCUUGAUGGAUCUAGCUCAACUAAAGAGGCCUUUUUGGAGAAAUUCAAAAAAGCAGUGUCUAAGGGUUUCGAUCCGGACUCUGACCUGAUAAAAGUUGGAAUUGCAAACCAAACUACAAUGCUGAAGGGAGAAACGGAGGAGAUUGGGAAAUUAGCGGAGAGGACAAUGAUGCGCAAAUAUGGUGUAGAAAAUAUCAACAACCACUUUAUGAGUUUUAACACAAUCUGUGAUGCUACCCAAGAGCGACAAGAUGCUAUGUAUAAGCUGGUGGGAGAUAAGCUAGAUCUUAUGUUAGUUGUUGGCGGCUGGAAUUCAAGCAACACAUCACACCUACAAGAAAUUGCAGAGGAAUAUAAAAUACCAUCCUACUGGGUGGAUAAUGAGACGAGAAUAGGUCCUGGAAAUAAGAUAGCGUAUAAGUUAAUGCACGGCGAACUGGUUGAAAAAGAAAACUGGUUACCUGAAGGCCCUAUAACAAUAGGUGUAACUUCUGGUGCAAGUACCCCUGAUAAGGCUGUCGAGGAUGUCCUUGUAAAGAUAUUCGCUCUCAAGGGCGAAGAAUCUCUUCAAAUGGCAUAGACUACUGCAGAAUUUAUGUGCGAGACUGUGGUUGUUAAUAUAUCUAGCCAGAUACCGGAUGAAUAAUUCUGAUCGUGUUGUAUCACGCCAUGUGACAUUAGCAUAUUAUACAUAUAUCAAAAGAGAGCAUCUGUUGUAAGUUGAAAGCUACCCAACUCUGUAGGGGGAUGUUUUCAUAUGGUUCUAUCUGUGUUUUUAUAUAUACCAUUGGCCUGUUCGGUCAGUAUUAAUAUAUGGACACACGAGUUUGAAUUUUA